AUGUCUUUCUCCAGCCUGGUGCAGGAUCUCGCUCUCCGUGACUCCGGCGCCUCCUCCCGCCGGCCCCGCGACGACGUCUCGACCACCUCCACCAUGGACGACCGUGCCUCGCGCAUGUCGCACCCCUCGCGGGCCAUGUCCUACGCCAGCACCUCUGCCACCAGCGUCAGCAUCUCGGGCGAGAUCUCGAGCCAGCUGCACGGCGGCUACGCCCACCCGCUCGCCAGGACGUGGCAGGCCGAGAGGCAAUUGACCAAGUCCAUGCUCAUCUACCCGCUCUUCAUCUCCGACCAGGACGACGAGGAGGUCCUCAUCCCCUCCCUGCCGAACCAGUACCGCCGCGGCAUGAACCGCCUCGUGCCCUUCCUCGAGACGCUCGUGCACAAGGGCCUGCGCUCCGUCAUCCUCUUCGGCGUGCCCAUGAGGCAGGGCACCAAGGACGCGCUCGGCACCGCCGCCGACGACCCGCAGGGCCCCGUCAUCCGCGCCAUCCGGCUCAUCCAGCAGCGCUUCCCCCACCUCUUCAUCGUCGUCGACGUCUGCCUCUGCGAGUACACGUCGCACGGCCACUGCGGCAUCCUCAAGGCCGACGGCUCCCUCGACAACGGCCUGUCGGUCGACCGCAUCUCGGACGUCGCCCGCGCCUACGCCAAGGCCGGCGCCCACUGCGUCGCGCCCUCGGACAUGAACGACGGCCGCAUCCGCGCCAUCAAGCUCAAGCUCAUCGAGGAAGGCAUCGCCCACAGCACCCUGCUCAUGUCCUACUCGGCCAAGUUCUCCACCUGCCUCUACGGGCCCUUCCGCGACGCCGCCGGCUCCGCGCCCUCGUUCGGCGACCGCAAGUGCUACCAGCUGCCGCCCGGGGGGCGGGGGCUCGCCCGCCGCGCCAUCCACCGCGACAUCAACGAGGGCGCCGACGUCAUCAUGGUCAAGCCCGCCAACGCCUACCUCGACAUCAUCAGCGACGCCAAGGACAUCGGCAAGCACCUGCCCGUCGCGGCCUACCAGGUCAGCGGCGAGUUCGCCAUGAUCCACGCCGGCGCCAAGGCCGGCGUCUACGACCUCAAGGCCAUGGCUUUCGAGUCGACCGAGUCGAUCCUGCGCGCCGGGGCGGGCAUCAUCAUCAGCUACUUUACGCCCGAGUUCCUCGACUGGCUGACCUACUAG